GACAUUUCCCUGUCUUGAAUUCCUCAAUUCAUCUCCUGCCCCAUCAAAUUUUGGGCCCCCUCGGCUCUUCUUUGCCUCCAGUAUAAAACUUUUUUUUCCCCUUCUGGUGGUUUGUGCUUUUCCCACUACUUGCGCCUGGCUUGGGAUUCACAUACUUUUCUCAACCUAUAACUACCUUCCUACAACAACAACAAUAUUCCAAUUCCAAUUCCUGCAUCAUCAUCAAAACAGCUUCUUAGUCAAAGGCUCACUGCGCCUUUCCUCACCUCACAAUGGUUCAUCACAGGCAUCAUCACGAGUCUGCGGUGCCCGGCGUGAUCCCUGUUCCGCACGGUCCUGUCGACAGCGACUCUGAGCAAAUCUCAAACGAGCCCAUUGCUUAUGCUACUGCUGAUGAGCGCCGCAUCUUCAGCCAUGUAACACGCCCAGAUGAUUCCUACAACGAGGACGGCAUCUACUGGGCCGAUCUGCCUUUGGCACAGCGCUACCGCUUCGUCUCAAAGGUCGACAACGAAGCUGCCAAAGAAGAGGCUGCAACUGCCUGGUCAAUGUUCAAGGAAGACCCUCUGUCGCCUUUGUCCUGGUACUUUCGCCAUGCUGUUAUUCCUGGUGCCGGUCUUGGUCUUGAGGGCUACGUCCUCUUCUCAAUUGGUAACCUAGAGCCUCUGUUCAAGGCUGUUUGGCCUGAAUGCUGGGGCAAGGAGCCCACUACCUGCUCUCACAACUGGGUUGCCUCUGUGACAUACCUUGAGAUUAUCGGUAUCAUGGUUGGCCAGGCCGUCGUUGGUGUUAUGGGUGAUUGGGUUGGUCGACGAUGGGGUCUCAUUCAAGAUGCCGCCAUCAUGUUUAUCGGUCUCCUUAUGCUCACUGCCUCUUGGGGACUUACUCUUCAGGGUUGGGUCAUCUGCUACGCUUGGUCCCUCUUCUUCUACGGUUUUGGUGUUGGUGGCGAGUACCCCAUCACGGCUACUUCGUCUCUCGAGGGUGUUUCCUCCGGUGGCAGAGUCUCUACCCGUGAGGAUCGUCUGCACCGUGGUCGACGUGUUACCACAGCUUUCCUGAUGCAGGGUUGGGGUCAGUUCGUCAACCAGGUCAUCCUCAUUGCUCUCCUCGCCAUCUUCAACAACGGAAAGAGCUCGCCUCCCUACAGCGCCUCUGCCGCACAGUACACUUUCCGCCUGUCCUUUGCCUUCCCCGCCAUUGGUACGCUCUGGCUUCUUUACUACCGUACCUACCGCAUGCGCAGCGCGGGUAAGCAGCUCGCCGAGGCCAAGAAGCGCUCCAACGUCACUGGUUACGAUCUGAACGCCCUUCGACACUGCUUCGGUAGCUUCGGCGGCCGCCUUUUGGCCACUUCUGGCACCUGGUUCUGUAACGAUGUCUUCUUCUACGGCAACAAGCUCUUCCAAGGUCAAUUCAUCAAGGUUAUUUCUCCUGACAGCAACUCCAUCUUCACCACCUGGACCUGGAACCUUGUCAACAUCACUGUCUCUCUGGCUGGUUACUACCUCGCUUCCCUGCUCAUCGACAACAAGAUGUACGGCCGCAAGAUGAUGCAGCAGGUUGGCUUCUUCAUGUGCUUCCUGAUGUUCGUCAUCCCUGCCUUCAGGUACGAAUACUACACCAGCCCCGCCGGAAUCCACUCCUUCCAGGCCAUGUACUUCAUCUCCUCCUUCUUCAACCAGUUCGGCCCCAACUCGGUUACCUUCCUCGUCGCCGGUGAGGUUUUCCCUACACCCGUUCGCGCCACGGCCCACGGUUUCUCUGCCUGUAUCGGCAAGUCUGGUGCCCUCCUUGCCUCGGUUCUCUACAACUACAUCGAUGACCAGACCAAGUUUUACGUCGUCCCCUGGUUCGGUCUCGUUGGCAUGCUUCUCACUUGGGUUUUCCUCCCAGAUACCACUGGUCUUGACCUCAAGGAACAGGAGCGCCGCUGGCACUACAUCCGCGACGGCAAGGAGAGCGAGUACCAUGGCGUUGCUGUUAAUCCUAUCCAUCUGUCUCUCUGGGAGCGCCUCCGAGGCCUCGGCAAGAGCUACGACCCCGAGGCUGACUGGCGCGCCAAGGUUCAGGACAUGCGCGCUGAGUGGGAGCUUGUUCAGGCCAACCGCGGCCCCAAGGAGACCGAGGGUGCUAUGCCCGAAGAUGGCGAGUUCUCUCCUGAGAUCCACGAGUUCUUCAAGCGCUCUAGCCCCAAGCACAUUGGUCGACGAGACGAGUCACUCAUGGUAGACUCAGUGAACGAGAAGACCGCCGCGCCUUCUGAUGAUUCUAUUACGAAAUAAUUACGUCCCUUUCUGCUGGAUGGCAUUCGUAACGAAUCACUACCACAUACAUAUGUCAUCUUACUGGAGCGAGCGGCUGAUAGCAUGGGUUUGGCGUUAACGGUAUUCAAUGCAUUGCUAGUUUUUAUGGAGGAUCCAAAAGUUUGAUCUGUGUAUCACUUUGAUACAAAACCCGUGGGCAGAUAGUUUGUUCUAGAAAUAACUACAAAGACAAAAUAGAACAGUUCCCAUCCAUACC